AUGUUCAGAAGAAGGCCAAAGGUACUAAACGCAAAACUCGACAAGCAAAGGCACUUGAGAAUGCUAGGAAACCACCAAGAAACUUUCUUGAGCUUUUACACGAGGCAAAUCUGGAUUCUUUGCCACCUCAAGUUCCAUCUUACUUAA